UCGAAACUACUAUGUCUAUAUAAUACCAGUACCAUGCGCACUCCAUGAUCUAAAAUUCAAACCUUUCGGCUACGUGUUCAAUCAUAAUAGAUAGGCAUUGGAAUCCAUGGCAUCCACCACCACCAUCCUCGAGCGCUGCCGCGUCGCGCCGCCACUCGAAGGCGCCGCCGCGGCGGAGCAAACACUUCCUGUCACCUUUUUUGAUAUGCCAUGGCUGCACUUCCAUCCAACCCAGCGCCUUCUCUUCUACAAAUUCCCCUGCUCCAAACCUCAUUUCAUCGAUUCAAUUCUGCCGAAUUUCAAAAAAUCUCUCUCCCAAACACUGAAGCACUUUUAUCCAGUUGCAGGUAGCUUAUUUUAUCCGUUGAAUUCGGAUGAAUUUCCUGAAAUCCGGUACGUUCCCGGCGAUUCCGUUCCUGUCACCGUCGCCGAGGCGUCUGCGGCUCUCGAUCUCAAUUUUCUCACAGCCGACCAGCCGCGCGUCGCCGACGACUUCUACGCUUUUUUCUCGGAAUUGCCGCCGUCGGAAACUUUGUCAGAGUCGGAAUUCGAGAAGAUUCCGCUCAUCACUGCGCAGAUAACGCUGUUUCCAGAUGCAGGCGUCUGCGUCGGAUUCAACAACCACCACAUCGUCGGAGAUGCUAGCUCGAUCGUGAGGUUCAUCAAAGCGUGGUGCUCCGUUGCUAAAUUCGGGAGCGACGAUGAAUUACUGUCUUCUUCUGAUUCGCUUCCGCUCUACGACCGAUCCGUGGUGAGCGAUCCAUCCGGAUUGCUGAAUCACAUCUGGAAUCAAUUGAAGAGUUUCAAAAUAAUUGAGUCGCGGCCGCUGGAAUUCCCCUUAAACAAAGUCCGAUCGACGUUUAUUCUGCAGAAACGCGACAUCCAGAAACUUAGGGAUUUCGUCCAGGCGAAGAAACCGCACGUGACGCACCUAUCGUCGUUCACGAUCACGACCGCCUUUGUGUGGAGCAGCUUAGCCAGAUCCGCGGCGGAAUCAGGCGAGGAAGUCGCCGACGACGAGCCGGAGUACUUCGCCUUCGCGGUGGACGCGCGAUCGCGGACGGAUCCGCCAGUCCCCGCCGCCUACUUCGGCAACUGCGUGGGCAUGGGCUUGGUGGAAUCGACGCACGCGGAGCUGAGAGGAGGCGACGGAUUCCUGGCUGCCGUCGAGUUGAUCGGAGACGAGAUCGCAAACAAAAUUAACAAAAAGGAAGAAUUUCUCCGCGACGCCGGCGAUUGGGUGAAGGUGUUCGGCGGAAUAAUGGCAAAACGGGGAUCGCCUAAAUUCGAUCUGUACGACGCCGAUUUCGGGUGGGGGAAGCCGGAGAAGCUCGAACCGGUGUCCAUAGACGGCGAUGGAUCGAUGUCGCUCUGCAAAUCCAGAGAAUUCGAGGGCGGUUUGGAAAUCGGUGUUUCAUUGCCCAAGAAGAAGAUGGAUGCAUUUGCAAAUAUUUUCAUUGAGGGGUUGAAGCUUUAGAUUUUCUACUUUCCAUUUAUAAAUAAUAAAUAUUGGAAAAUGAAAAUUAGAAAAUAAAUAUUUAACCAGGAAUCCAAUAAUCUUGUAAAAAUUAAUCUAUUUUUAUUUUUACUAAGGGCAUCCAUA